AUGUUGCCAAUAAACCCUAGUUCAAUUUUCACCCUCCCGAAAAAGCCGCCUACAUUCCAAAUUUUCUCCCCACCUCCUCCUCCACCGACCACCGCUUUUCGGUGUCAAGCGACGGCCAAGAGCACGUUCCCUCUGUGGUGGUUGAAUUUGCCUGCAGCUGCCGUUUCCGACGCUGCUGGCAGAAUUGGCCAAAGAUUGUCCGAUAAUAUUGGCGCUACCACUACAAGCAAUAAUAAUAGCAAGAACACGAAAAUCAAUGCGAAAGAGAAGUGGUCGCGUGACCAUGAGAGCUACUUGACUGACGAUGAAGAUGCCCUGCCUCUCCCGAUGACCCACCCGGGCUCCUCCCCAGUGCAGCCGGAGGAAAUCGAAAGGAGGCUCCAGUGCGAUCCAGUGAUAGAGGAUUGCAAGCCAAUGGUUUAUGAAUGGACUGGAAAAUGUCGGAGCUGCCAAGGAACCGGACUGGUCAGCUAUUAUAAUAAAAGAGGGAAGGAGACCAUAUGCAAAUGCAUACCUUGUAUGGGCAUUGGAUAUGUGCAAAAGAUAACAGCACGCAGCGAUAUUGAUGUGAUGGAGGACUUGGACAGUAAUGGAAAACCACCUUGA